AUGGAAACGCUUAAGUUUUGCAUGUACUGCCUUCUGGCUCUGUUAGUGUAUGGCGACCUUGUGACGUCACUUCCAACGCAAUCGUUUGCCGGGAAGCUGUACAACUCGUCCAUUGCCUGCACCAGAGGUUCCCAGCAGACUCCACACGACAUUGACUGCCGGAAUGGCCAGCCCAAGGGAAUGGUUGGAAGAAUGUACAUCAGUAGGAUCUUCUACGGUGCAACACCGUUGUCCAUGGGUUGCAAUAGAACAGCUUCUUACAACAGCUGCUGUACCGUAGACCCUGAUGCCGAUUGUAUCUUUGCAAGUGACGUAGACAUGGAAGACGUGGCUAGAAGAUUCACCGGGUUCUCGCAAGCCACGUUUAGUGGAGUCAGACGAUACUCCUCGCUGGGAAAGUGCGACCAGAAGAUCUACCCGGAUUUAACUUCAUAUUCCUUUGUGGAGUUUGGUUGUGCCAGUGUCAGUCUGUUGAACGAUCUUACAAAAGACGUUACAUUCCAGUACCCAGACGUCGUCUACAUAGACAGUAACAGCUAUUUUAAUAAUUCUGAUGUGAAGGACUCUAAUUUUAGCUGUGUGGUGCAAACUGAGUGCAAUUCGUCUUUGAGCGUUGUUGCUCUUUAUCUCCGACGUUUCAUGAAUAGCAGUAGCCGUUGCCCCGAGGAAUUUCUCUUUCAGGAUGGCAAAUAUCCAGAUGUAAAAUCGAAUUUAACAUGCGAUGAUGGAGAUUUCUUAUUUAAUCGGAUGCUUUUUACAUCGGAAUCAAACGUGGCUAUAAUCAGUAUGUCAGUAAAAGGUAACCACACUGGGAGAGUGUUUAUGAAGGUCAAUUCCUCAAAGGAGAUGUCCAACAUUAGGCUCACGUGCGGGGCAGAGUUUGAAAGAACCCAAGAUAAUUUUAUACGAUGCCAAGGGGAUGCCUAUAUUGAAGAAACCACUUUAGUAAUACCCAGCACUUCAGAAACCACUAGUACUUUAGCAACAGAAACUGACUGUAUGUCAGUGCCUACAAAUACCGCAGGCGAUGUUCAAGAUUGGUCUAAUUGUAGGUUUGGCUGUAGGAAUUCCAUUGCUGCUGUUGCUUCUGAUCUUACUGUUUUGCUUCAUCCGACAAGUGAGACGCCGAAAAACAUUCGAGCAACAAAAACAGGACAACCCGUCAACGAUUUGUUCCGAAACGCCAUCAACAGAAAAAGUAUUGCCUACACCCGUGGAACAUACCUAUGA